UCUCGUCUCCGAACAGUGAUCGGCCUUGUCCCCAAUUUUCAUCGCAUCAACUGUGAUACGUUGGCUAAUGGUACCGCAUCGGCAGAUGAAUACGAUAGUGCCAAGAACUGGACCUAUAAGCCUGUUGCUGAUGGAGAUUUCAUUUCAUUGCACCCUGAUCAACGGCGUGUCUUCAUUAUCAGUGUUGAUGAUAAAGCACCUCUUAGAUGUGAAUUUCUGAAGUAUCGUUAUGGCUUCAUUGAACAAGCCUUGUCGUAUGAAGAACAACAAUAUCCCAUAGCUUACGGGAUCCUCGUGCAUAUACGUAUUGACCAGGUUUACUAUAUGCUAAGUGCAAUUUAUGCUCCUCAAAACCAGUACUGCAUUGCUGUGGACGACAAAGCAACGAAAGAAUUCAAAGAGGCUGCCAGCUAUUUGCAGCAAUAUAGUGCCAAAAGUUUAUUGGUGCACCAGUUCUGUAUUAACAGGUGUCUACUUAUGCUUGCAGAAUUUAGCAAAUUCUGCGAGCGACUGGAAAUAUUACCAGGUAUCAAAACACCAUAA